AUUCAAGAAAUUUCAUUCCAAAUAUAACCAACUCUUGGCAAGAAGAAGAGAACUUUAAUUUGCUAUAAAUCUCCCCAUCAAGAAACCAGUCUCCACUACUCCAUUUCUCAUGGAUUAAUUAGCCUACACCCAUUUUCAUCAUAACCUUGAUCUCUCACAUUCAAUAUAUCCAUCUGUAACCAAACUGAGCUCAUGAAGGCUGCAGAAACAGACCAGGAAGUGAUGAAAGAGAUGAUGAUGAAGGAAGGCGUCAGCUGCAGCACAGAGGACUCCAAAUCCGGCCCCGAAUUUCUCGGGGCCGAAAUCGAACCAGAAGGAGAAGAAGAAGAAGAAGGAGAAGAUGAUGAUGGGAAAGGAGAAAAGGGCAACAAUGGAAGCAGCAGCAGCAACAGCACAGUUGAAGAGAAUAAUGGGAAGAAAUUAUCAGGGAAUUCUUCCGGUUCAGUACGGCAAUAUGUCCGGUCCAAAACUCCCCGGCUCCGGUGGACUCCCGACCUCCAUCUUUGCUUUGUUCAUGCAGUUGAAAGACUGGGAGGACAAGACAGAGCAACCCCCAAGUUAGUUCUUCAGUUGAUGAACAUCAAAGGCCUCAGCAUAGCUCAUGUCAAGAGCCACCUCCAAAUGUAUAGAAGCAAGAAGGCAGAUGAGCCAAAUCCAGUUACCCCUAAUGGAAGGCUGCUUCUUGGAAAUGGAGAUUCACAUAUCUUUAACUUCAGCCAGCUCCAAAGGCUACAGGGAUUUAAUCCGACACCUGUUACGACGAGUUUAAGAUUUGAUGAUUCUUCAUGGAGUCAUCGUCAUCAUCAUCAACCUUAUUCAUCCGUGUACAAUCCUUACCUCAAUGGCGGCGCCGCCGCAAUGAUCCGACACGGAUUCGGAGGAAAUUACGUGAACGGCGGCCGUUCGGAGUUUCCGAUGAUGUCGAGACAAUGUUCCGACAACGUGGCGGCGCCGCCGCAGUUGUUUCCGAAUCAAAGAAUUCUGCCGCCGGCGGCUCAAAACGGAGAAGUUACGGCGGCCGGCACCGGGAAAAGGAAGCUGCCGGCGGAUUCCGACGUGAAUCUUGAUCUGAACUUAUCGUUAAAGACUAGGAACGGCGGCGGGAAUGAUGAGAAGAGGGCGAAGGGAGACGACAAGUACGAGGAUAGUACUAAUCUGUCGCUCUCCUUGUUCCCCUCCUCACAAAAUGACGAUCAAACAACAACAGUGAAGAAAACUACGCUAGAUCUGACUUUAUGAUUACGAGGAAUCAAAAAAACAAAGAAAUUAAAGAAAAACCCAUCAAUAUAUAAUGUUGUGAGUGAGAUUUUGUAGUAGUGGUUCUCGAUUUCAUGAAUGCACAGUAGAUCAGAUGACAGAUCUUUGUCCCAUAUUAAGCUAUACCUGCAGUUUGUACAAAACCAGUGAAUAUAAUAACUUCACUCAUAUAUAUAUAUUUUAUUCU